CAACGGUUACGAUGUAAAAUGAGAAAGGCUUCGAAAAUACUCUCAGCUGUGGGUACUUUCAAGUAUCGAAGAAACACUUCCACAAAUUUUAACAUUCAUUCGCAAGUCAGACACAUCGAGACGUGAUUCAGCGUACAAUUGCCAUGAUAUCAGCUCCGCUUGUACGAUGCGUGGAUUUUACAAGUUGAGAAAUAAUGAAUAUUCAUCAACCAGUGAAACAACAAUGUCUGCAAACAUCGCCAAGCUGGAAAUAUGGAAAAAUUUACACAUAAGUCGAGUACCAACAUGCUUCGUCUCGUUGGAAGUUUCUUGCACGAUCCGAUCGCACACCUUAAGAUUACGUAGAACGAUUUAGCUGAGCCUCGGAUGACGUCUAGAGAUUGUUACAAACGUGAAAGGCAACGUGACCGUGCAACGAGAUGAAUUCAUGUCCGUGCCAAACAUACUUUAUACUCGUUUAAAACCCUGCUGAAAUUCAAUCCAGGUCUGUGCCGAGUUGAAACACAAUAUUCACACGUAAAAUAUCGCAUUCUCGCCGCGUGUAAAUGUUCGAAAAAUGUCUGAAACAGAGCUUCGAAAACUAACAAGUCUCUCUUAACUCGAUCGAGUUUUCUCCCUUUUUUCCUCCUUUCCGUAACUGAGCCCAUUUCGGUCUAGUCGGGUCGACACGGGGCCCGAACCAUGGGGCUGAAAUCGUCAGGAGUUUACAUUUUGCGGACCCGUCUACGUAACGUCGCGUCACGAAGGUUCGGGGGAGGUCCCGGUGAUUCUUGGCGAUGUAAAUCUCGCCUCCGUGAAGGAAUUAAGUUCACCGUGUUUCUUGACACCAUGCACACUCCGCCUACGAGGGAGAAAAGCUCCGGCUACCGAAACGAUCUUCCUCCACCGGUCGUGGCACAUGUAGACGUGUACGUAUAUUAUUUCAUUUCACAAGUCCGUUAACGCGGGGUGCGGUACGUCGUGCAGCCCGUCGACGAAUUUGACAGGGGGCAAAAAACCAAGCACAGUAUAUAUGGCACACGCUCGGUAUCCCAUCCCCUGGUGUAUUGGUGGCACAUUAACGAACGCGGUUUACCAUGUUUGUGAAUACCGCCGCAGAAAAAGCAACCGAACCGGGCGGAAUUUAUGCCGCUCGAAAUAAUCGCAUCAACGGUUAAUGUAAUUUAGGCAUGACGCAGCCCGCUAGUUGACGUUUUAAUCCGAACCCAAUUACGGAAACGAAAUGAUAGAGACGUGCCCCUUCGAUUUUAAUUCGAAACUCGGAUUUCCUUUCUUACGACACGCCUGAAUUACGAUACAUAGGCGACAUGGCGACUGAAGAACAAUCUCACGCAUGCUUCGUAUCCAUCCUUCGAAUCUAUAAUUCUCUAUCGCGCGUAUGUAAAUCCGACACGAAAGCGCAGGUGAAAGGGGGUUUCUUCCCUGACGGACGCGACGAAUCGUCGAAUCGGCAACUCGACCCGACGUUGAAGCAUAAAACAGGUUUGCCGAAGGCGUCCAUCACGAUCGUGUCUGGUUGGAAUUUGCGUCGAGGGUGCGGGCGCGACGGGAUAUGUCUUUGUAGGCUUAUUCCCCCGACCACGCGACACACGUUGGCAGCAUCCACCCAGAGGCGAGCCGCGGCGUGCAAGAAACUAAGAAACGUCGCUGCGCUCGAGGGGCGCGUAUUUAUAAUGCAUGCGUACAAUGCGAGUGACGAGAGGGCAGCGUUGCUAUCGUACACGAUGGACCGCAGCCAGCUCGGUACACUGACGCGUGUACGGCAGCUGGUGCACCGGUUUUUUGCCGCACGACUCUAACCCGCGGCUCGAGCCCGAACCUGCGCAUACGAAUCGGAGCAAAGGCGUUCCUCGACUCCCUUCGACUCGGCUUUCUCUCGCCUAAAAAGCUCCGCUCCUUGCUGCACCAGCCCAAGGUCCAAGGCUCGCACCCUUUCCAGUAGGUAUAUCUCGUGAAAUCCGUGAGCGCGCCCCGCGGGCUCAUAGUCGUCGGUUUUGUCCGGGAUGCAUGGGCUGGACUGGAUGCGAUUUGCUCUUUUUUUUGUAACGCAGGUUCGGACGAAGGAAGGAAGGUGAGAAUUGACUGAUCGGUAAGGUCCUGCAUCUUGAACGAGAGGGACGAGUGCGAGGCUUCGUGCAGUCCGGAAGGUGGCGAACGACACGUGCGUGCCAAGUGCAUCAUCUGCGGGGUGUCCGGCGAUUGAGCGUAUCUCGCGUGAUGCACCUGGAAAAGUACGCCAGUACCGGCGACGAGGAGCACCGUCAUCCCCUCGGCAACGCCGCUCAGGAAGACUUCCAACGAUCCAACGGCUCUCUCGCGAGCCAGACCUGCUGGGGUUCCUCCGUCAGCGAGGCCAGCAGCCUCUCCCCCCUUCUCCUGAGCCCUCGGGACCCCGGUGACUGGGAACAGUACGGCACCACCCUCCAGUACACCUGCUUUCCCUAUCCACCGAACUCCGCCGCUCCUCCGAGACCGGACAGCGCGGCCGCCGACGCGAUGCCGACCUGGUGCUGCCUCUACGGGGAGGCCGACGACGCCGCCGCCGCCGACGCGUCGUCUUCGUCUCGGCACAAGCUACCCUCGAUGGGAACCGCGUUCUCCAGGUCCUUUUACCCCCCGAACACCACCGCCGACUGCCCGACGAGCUUCGGUUCGCAACUUUACGGUAGCCAGCAGCAGAGCCUCGCCAAUGUCACGGACGAGUUCGACCUGAGCCUUAUUCGCGGCGACCCCACCUCCCUCUUCGCCGGAAACGGAUCGCCGCCCUGCCCGACUCCCUAUCUGGACGACCUCCAGGAGGAGCUGGAUCCCUUUGCCGGAUUUAACAACUCCUGUUACGCGGUUGGACACCUCGUGUCCUCACCACCGACACCCGCGUCUCAUGGAUCGACGACGUCGACGUCGCCUUACUACCGGAACAGGGGACAACUCAACGGAACUUCCGCCGCCUCCACCUGCCUCCUCGACGAACCGUUGAUCGAGAAUAGCAACCAAGUCGUCCUGCCGCAGGACGAGGGACUCCUUCUCGCUAACGACCGUGAGUCCAUGUUCACCUCGACGUCGCCCACGAUUCCGGAUACGAUCAAGUUGGAGGCUCCGACUGUCGGCUGUUCCGUAACAGAGGAUUCCUCAUUCGGGCCGACUUACCAGUGUCGGUGGAUGGACUGCGGAUGUGCUUUUCCGGAACAGGCGAGUUUGGUGCGGCACAUUGAAAGGCGGCACGUCGAGUCAUCGUCGUCGGGAGCUCACAGUCACAGUAAAAGAAUUCAACGGGAUUCAACGUCUGGCGAAACCGGCGCCAUGGUGCCAAACGCACCUCAGGACGAGUUCGCCUGUCUCUGGGAAGGAUGUCCGCGAGCCAGGCCCUUCAACGCGAGGUACAAGCUUCUCAUCCACAUGCGGGUGCAUAGCGGAGAAAAGCCCAACAAGUGUCCGUUCGCAGGCUGCAAAAAGGCGUUCUCGAGGCUGGAGAAUUUGAAAAUUCACCAAAGAUCGCACACCGGUGAAAGGCCCUACGCCUGCCAGCACAGAGGCUGCUCGAAGGCCUUUAGCAACAGCAGUGACCGCGCGAAACAUCAGAGAACGCAUUACGACACGAAACCGUAUGCGUGCCAGGUGAGCGGUUGCGGAAAGCGAUACACCGAUCCGUCCAGCCUUCGUAAACACGUCAAGAACCACGCGGAACCCGGUCCAGGGUCGUCGGGUCCCGGAAGCAGAGGAUCGAGCAACGGGAUGUCGUGCAAGGCCUCUUCGACGCGUCUAAACUCCGGUCCAGCAGCGCAACGGCUUCAGCAAAAGACGUCGUCGAUCGGGGUGGACGUCGCUGCAACGGGGACCACCUUCCGUCCACGGUUGGGAUCCGAUCUCGAUCUCGGGAUUCACUACGAGGACGAAGAGCUGCUCCUCUCGACCGUAUGCGGCGAGGAUCGCGUCCCAACCCCUUUGGACGAACGCCACGAGUACAUUCCCUUCGAGUCCGUGCGACGUUUUCUUAUCGGAGACGCAACCCACGUAGAGGUCACCGACGCCACGGUUUAUGCGGAAGGCGAUGUCUCUGACUUUCAAGAACUGGGAUCCGAUAUCGAGCAACAGUUUCUGGAGCUGAGUAAUUUGGACGAAUCGGUAUUUAUCGGAGGUUAAUCGAUUUUUUCCAUGAUAGGCGAGGCGAUGUAGGAUACAGCGUAUGUUAAUGUUAGGUAUGGGUAUGUAACGAUGACCAAAAAACAAAUGUGCCAAUAAUACAUUAUGAUCUCAAUGCUCAAACGAUCAAAUUAUAUAAAGUAAAUGUAUAUUAGAGUUUAAGAAUGUUGUGAGAAUUAUUUUAAAGCACACUGUAAGUGCGAUAUGUGGAUACUCGAUUGAAACGUGUUCUGUACAUUAUGCUGUAUCGCACAGUGGACCAAUAUUACGCGUGAUUUUACCAAAGUACUUCCCAUUAAAAGAAUAUAUUAGAACGAAUUUAUCUCGAGAAGAUUAAUUUUUAUACAUUCAUAUUUCACGUAAGAAAAACACGUGAGAAAAAAAAAAUUGUUUCUGUAUAUAUAGACGUGUAUGCCGAUAUACUAUUUUGUAUAUAUAAACUUGUACAUAAGAUAACGGAAAUUCUGUAAAUAUAUGAUAACUUUUUUUAUCA